AUGUCUCAAGUUAUUAUUAACAAUUUAUUUGAGGAACAUAUUUCCACACAAAUGGGGUUCAUUCCAUUUCCAAACCUAACUUUCCCUUCUUUGGGUUGCAAUAACCAAUCUUUGAAAGCUUUCACUUCCAUAGCUUCUUCACUUACAUCUGAAAUAUCAUCAGAUUCUACAUCACAAACCCUACUCACAACAACCAAUCCCCAAAAAUCAAAAGAAUACCUCACUCCUAGCAUUGUAGCUGCAGGUACUACUCAAUUCCUAUCCUUGCAUAGAUCCCCUCUAAAUCCAUGGGCAAUAUUAGGAGGAGUAAGUGAUCAUUACUUCAAUAAUAAUAAUGAUAUGAGAAGUGGAGUAGCUCAUGAUAACUAUCAUUUGGGGGUUUGUUCUAGCAUGAAGAUGAAGAAAAUGAAGGGAAGAAAGAAAGUGAGAGAGCCUAGGUUUUGCUUCAAGACAUUGAGUGCUGAUGUUGAUGUGUUGGAUGAUGGUUACAAGUGGAGGAAGUAUGGACAAAAAGUUGUAAAGAACACACAACACCCAAGAAGCUAUUACCGUUGCACACAAGAGAAUUGUCGUGUAAAGAAACGUGUGGAGCGUUUAGGAGAAGAUCCAAGGAUGGUAAUAACCACAUAUGAAGGGAGACAUGUACACACUCCAUCAAAUGAUCUUGAAGAAUCUCAAAAUCAAUCUCAAUUUGAGAAUUUCUUAUGGUAG